UCUGGCAGAAGAAUUGAAAUCUCAGGCAGGGAAAGCUGGCAAGAGGUUGCAGACGGCCGCAAUUGUGGAAGAGUCAUUGAGAAGGAAGAUACAAGAAUUGGAGACAGAAAUUCGAGAACAGUUGGCAGAAGCAGACAUGUUGCUAGAACACACUGGAAUGAGGCGAAGAGGAGCAGUCCCAGCGCGCCACUCUGAGGGGAGGAGCCAACUCCUCCCACUACCACCGCCCCAUCAUGGGGGAGGGGGGCGUGGAGGGCAGCACAGCAACCGCCUCUAUCCGACACUGCACGGCUUGGACCCAGCAGCGCCACCUGCCAUGGUGGAGGCUUCUGGAAGUGCAGUGGACAUCUCUGACACUAUUGAGCUGGGAGGCAGUUUCAUCGCACACUAUCCGGCUAUUGAAGGUCUGUUUGAGCCAAUGAACAGCACCCCACCUGGCGGGUACCAACAGCCGACAGGGAGAGGCCCCUGCUUCCAACAAUCUACAGCUGAUGCUCAAGCCAGCAUGGGCCUAGCAACAGGCCCUGGCCUCUACGCUUCAUAUGUGACCCACUACCAACAACCUGCUCAACCCCAGCAGGGCCAUUACCAGCCACUGGCCACUGCUACAGCACCCACUCCAACACCAUCCAUGCUGUUACCAGUGCCACCUGCAACCAAUCCCCAAUACCUGCCACCCGAACAAGCCAACCAAGCACCAGCGAAUGAUGACCCCAAGACCAAGAGGCGCAGACCACCAGCAGAGGGAUGGGAUGUCUGGGAUGAAUCAGCUGAUGAGGCCCUCAUAUGCCCAGUACGCACAGUAGCCAACGCUGAUGGUGUGUCUGUGUUCUACCAACCAGCAAAGGGCGACGAAAUCCAGAAGUGGUCCGCCGCCAUACAACACCCUCGGGAUGCCGGACGGCAUACCUGGACGAAGAUAAAAGAACUCAAGGAGAUGAGAGACCUGCACCCUUUUGACGCAUUGAAGAUCCUACAUCGUUACGUUACUGCCUUGCUUGAAGGCAACUACCAAAAGACCUGGCAGUCGUAAAAG